AAUGAAUAUUUCUAUUCCUCGAAGUUUACAACUUUUCCGUAUUCAUCAUUCUCGCUUUUUUUCAUUUAGUUUCCUUGCAAGACACAAAAUUAUCACUCUAGAUAAGUUUAAUUCUAGACCAAAUUCAUCCUUUAUAUUUAAUAAAAGAUACUCUUUAACUUUUGAUACUAGCCGUCGAUUUUUUUGCAAAUAUGGAUCUUAUCAUUUUUAUACAACUAGUACUAAUUUUGCAUUAGAACCUAAAGAGACACCAAUUGAAUGGAGGACGUUUUCAUUCUAUUCUUUUAAUUGGAAUUUGCAGGCCUCUCUUCAAGAAUUGCGAGAAAAUAUGUUAAGUCGUCUUGAAGAAAUGGGAAUAGUUGGAAGAAUUUAUAUUGCUUCUGAAGGAAUAAAUGCGCAGGUUUCAUGCCCAAUAGAGAAAUUAGAAGAAUUAAGAAAAUAUUGUGAUGAAGUAUUAAAUUUAAAUGAUGUAGUUUUUAAUUUCUCAACAUAUCAUGUAAAGGCAUUUAGAAAAUUACACGUCAAAGCUAGGAACAAGAUUGUCGCAGAUGGAUUAGAAUCCGGUUUAUAUGAUCUGUCCAAGCAACCAUAUUAUCUUGCACCAGAAGAAUGGCAUAAAGCAUUGUCCAAUGCCAAAGAACCUCCUCUCUUAAUAGAUAUGAGAAAUCAUUAUGAGAGGCAAAUUGGUUAUUUUGUAAAUUCAGUGCGACCAGACGUGGAUACAUUCCGUGAUAGUAUCAAAGCCAUGAACGAAAUAUGCGAGGGAAAACAAAACGAAGAAAUUUAUAUGUAUUGUACCGGUGGCAUUCGAUGUUCUAAGGCGGGGUCCAUACUACUGUCUAAAGGUUUUAAAUCAGUUAAAAUGCUUAAGGGAGGAAUUACAGCAUAUGGGCGGUUUGUUAAGGACAAUCCAUCAGUGACUUCCUUGUAUAAAGGUCGCAAUUUUACUUUCGAUAAGCGACUUGGUGAACCAAUUACAAAUGACAUUAUUUCUCAAUGUCACACGUGCGGAAAACCAUGUGAUACACACACGAAUUGCAGGAAUAAAACUUGCAAUUUAUUAUUUAUUCAAUGUGAAGAGUGCAAAAUUAGAUUACAACGAACUUGUGGAACUGAAUUUUGCUUACAAUUAAUUCAGGCUUGGGAUGAAAAAUAUGGCAAACCAUCAACAUUUGAUGAUGUUAAACCAGGUUUAGAGUGUGUUUAUGAUCAUGUACAUCGAACAAGACCCAAAUUAGUUAUAAAAAGGUUGGGCGGUACAGCAUCAGAAAUUUCAACGGAUAUUAUCCCAGAUAUUAUAGAACAAAGAGAUAAGCAAAUUAAAAAUGAAUAA